UGGAAUACAAUGUAUUUUUGGUAAAGUGUUAUAAAAAAAAAAAAAAAGAACUGCAGAUGCUGGUUUACAAAAAAAACAAAGUGCUGGAGUAACUCCGGAUCAGGCAGCAUCCAUGGAGAACAUGAGGAGGUGACAUUUCGGAUGAGGACCCUUCCUCGGAGUAUUUUUGGCCAUGGAGAAGGCUAAAGGCCUUAUCUUAUUCCAUGUCUUAAUUAUUUAGACCUUAACACAGGAGCAGUGUACAUGUUCUGCCGGAGUAUAUUAUAAAGUACUUGCACACCUUUCAUCUUUUGUCAGUUAUCGGCGCAAUGAAGCCAGUAAAAUGUCCUCUGGGAUACCGGGAGUAUGAUGGAUCCAGUCGGCACACCUUCAACGGCACAUGUGAGCCUUGCCCAGCAGGUUAUUAUGGGAACCACAGCCAACGCCAGGUGUGUCUAGAGUGCCGAGCGGGUGUGGUCUGCCUUCAAGGAGCCACCACCACUGAUCCAACGUCAAACGUGACAGAGCACGGGAUGAUGGCGGUCAGAUCUUACAUCUGUCCAAAAGGUCAUUACUGCCCUGACGGGAGUGCUGUGCCAAUUCCUUGUCCCAUGGGUACUUACAAUCCCAGUGAACGAGCAGGCAACGUGGGGAGCUGCCUGAGGUGCCCCACCAACCGCUUCAACCAUUUAACAGGGCAAGCUGCCUGCUUCAUCUGCGGUUCAGAGGCUCUGCAGCCUGAAGAAGGGCACGACCAUUGUGUUUGCAUUCAGUCUGGACAGAUAUUCCAGCCCAGUGACUCACAAUGUACGUGUGCUGUGAGACAUCAGAUGGUAUCUGAAGAAACAAGAGAAUGCGUCAGGAAGCAGUAUGACAUUUGCAGUGAAGGAGCCAGCAGGAAUCAGGAUGGAGCUUGUCUGAUGAUCAAGGAGUGGGAGGAAUAUUGUUCACUGAAGGUUUGUGCAUCCCCUGCAGACUACCAGGGCUUUGACAGAUAUUUGGGACUUUGUCUCUGCCGGGUUGUUGCCUUGGACUCUGUGUGUGACCGGCAGUGCAGGUGGCUCCAAUGCAACAGGCUGCAGAUACUCUGUGAAGGAGGACCAGGGCUUCUCAUCACCUACAGAAGUGGUUUGCAGGUACCAACACAGCACCUAAGUGGAAAGCACUUCCCUUGUGGUUUAGCUGGUAACUGGUUUAGACUUUUAGUUUUUAGACUUUUAGAGAUACAGCGUGGAAACAGGCCCUUCGGCCCACCGAGUCCCCGCUGGCCAGCGAUCGCCCUGUCAACUAGCACUAUCCUACACACAGGGGACAAUAUACAAUUUACAGAAGGCAAUUAACCUUCAAACCUCUAUGUCCUUGGAAUGUGGGAGGAAAGCGGAAUACCCGGAGAAAACCCACGCAGUCACAGGCAGAACGUACAAUCUCCAUGCAGGCCGCACCCAGAGACAGGAUCGAUCCUGGGUCUCUACUGCUGUAAGGCAGCAACUCUACCACUGCCCCACUCCGGGUUAACUGUGGUAAUGCAAGGAUUGGUCAGAUGGGCUGCGUUUCCCACUUUAUCUGGCACCAGUGAAUGAUGUGAUUAGAAUGACUUUCUGCAGAGAAGGGGAAGGGGAAGGCCAAACAGAGUUUCAACUCUAGGGGAAUACCCUUGGUUUGGAUGGUCCCCACAAUAGAAAACAUACUGUGGGAUUGUAUAACUGCUUGUUUUAGGAACAGCUCUGUGCAAGCUCGCAAGAGAUUACAGAGUUAUGGAUGUAGCCCAGUCCAUCACAUGGAACAGACUCCCCACCAUCAACUCCAUCUACACUACACACUGCCUUGGGAAAGCAGCCAAUAUAAUCAAAGAUCGUUCCCACCUCGGUCAUUCCUUCUUCUCCCCACUCCUGUCAGACAGAAGAUGGAGAAGCUUGAAGAUGUGUAACACCAGACUCAGGAACAAAUUCUCCCCCACUGUUUAGAGCAGCCUUCCAUGAGAUAGGGUAGAGUCCGAUUCUCCUCUAUAUCAAUGCAGACAUGGGAUUUGUUUCUGGAACUGUUACACUACAAUGCGGAGAUCUGUAUUCUGCACUCUGCAUCUCUCCCCUUGCUCCGCCUAUUGUACUUGAGUUUGGCUUGAUCGUAUUUAUCUCAUCUGUUUGGAUAGCACGCAAAACAAAGUUUUCACUGUAUCUUGGUGCACGUGACAAUCAUAAACCUAAACGUGAUCCAGCGAGACAGACGGGCUGUCCCUCGGGUGACCCUAUGCACACCAUUCAUCUCCAACCCUUAAUGUGGGAGGGUUGGCACUAUGAAUUUCACUGGGCAUCAAGCAAGGACAGAAUUAGGCAAUCUUUAUAUGUCCCCAGCCUGUAGAUGCAGUCCGCUAUGCUAAUGCUGGGAGCAUGUCUAAGGCAGUCAACUGGUCCAACCCUCUCUGGGAUAUGAGGAAGCCCUUCUAGAACAUCAGACAUAAGACAUGGAACAGAGAGCACAAGAGCACUGGAACAGGCCUUACGGCCCACAACGCCCUUGCCAAACAUGAUAACUAAUCUGCUCUGCCUGCACGUGAUCCAU